UGUUCUAAGCGCUUCGAAGACGAAGAUCGUCGUUUUCAUUCCCGGGAUUUGCACUCACACCGAAUUUAGAAAAAUAAUAAAUACAAUGCAGCCCUUAAUGUAGACUUCCAGCUAUUUAUUAACACACAUGAUGCCUGGAAAAAGAAAGAGAACCUCAACGAUUGGAAGUGAGAGACAGAGUGAAGAAAGAGAAGAGUCGCCUGCCCCUAGUUCACAAAAACGCAAACGCAAAGCUCAGUAUGAUCCAGUUGAGAUCUGUCAAGAGUUGUACGAGACUAUAAGAACUUACAAAAAUGAGGAAGGAAGGCUGAUAUGUGAGACCUUUAUAAGGGCCCCCCAAAGGAGAGCGGUUCCUGAUUAUUAUGAAGUGGUGGCCACUCCAAUUGACCUUCGGAAAAUUCAGCAGAAAUUAAAAAUGGAGGAAUACGAGGAUAUAGAUCAACUGACAACAGACGUAGAGCUGAUGGUUAACAACGCCAAGCUGUAUUAUAAGAAAUCGUCUCAAGAAUUUAAAGAUGCUGCAGAACUCCUGGAAGUGUACAAUGACACAAAGAACGACCUGCUCAAUGACGCAUUUGGAGAAACAGAGCAACCAAGAGUAGAGCGACGUCGCAGCGCAAGGCAGGCAUUACAGGAAGUGGAAGAUGAUGAUGAGGAGGAUGAUUCUCCCUCGGAGAAACUGACAGAGGAUGUGAAGGACGACCCGCAGGAAAUUGAGGAAUUGUUCGCGGCCGCCAUGAAUGCAAGAGACGGGGACAGGGACAUCAGUCUGGUGUUCCAACUCCUACCACAGAGAUCAAAAUACCCGGAGUAUUACCAGAUCAUUAAGAAUCCUAUUGAUAUGAAGAUGAUCGCCCAGAAAAUCCAGGGCAGCAUGUAUAACACGCUGGAGGAAAUCGAGAAGGACUUUCUCCUGAUGGUGAAGAAUGCCAGGACGUUUAACGAACCCAAGUCUGUCAUCUACAAGGAUGCAGUAGAAAUGAAGAAAAUUAUACAGAAGAAAAGGCAGGAAAUCAUUCAGAGAAAAAACAUGGUGCCUAAGCCACCAGAGAGGGUCAGGACCAGAAAUCUCCAGAAGAUGUCGGCGGUUUGUGCGGCACUGAAGUACCCAUCAGAUGACGAGGACGAUUUGGAGGCGUCGAUGGACGCCAGUUUACUGGAUUACGACGACGACUCCGGCGCCGAGACCAUCAUGUCCGAGGAUGACAACCUCUACGUCACGCUCCUAAACGCUGUCAAGACACACAGAAUGUCGUCAGGGGAGACCAUCUUUGAGCCGUUUGUAAAACUCCCAAGUAAAAGGUUUUAUCCGGAUUAUUAUGAAGAAAUUUCUAAGCCAAUGUCUCUCUCCAAUGUCCGCAAAAAAAUCAAGGUACUUUCUGUAUCUUUAUUCAUGUUAACAUUUCAUGCUGUGAUUCUCCAGAAGGUGAUGAUGGACAGGAAGAGAGAGCUGGAUCGACUCGAAGGAAGCAAGGAUCUGGGUUUGGAUGACAUCUCCUCUUCUCAGUUUGACCUGCCCGCCAUGAAGAUUUCUCGCGAGUUCUUUGAUGAGGACAGUCAGGCGAGUACAUCCAGUAAGCAGCGACGCGGCACCGGGCUCUCAGACAGCGACAAGAAGCGGGCAAAGCGGGCGACUCCAGAGGAGAUGAUGAAGCGGAGGUUGUGGACGCUGUACAGAUCCGUGUUUGAUGCCACAGACCCAGACGGACGACCAUUAAGAUACAUCUUCAUGCAGCUUCCGUCAAAGAGGGACUACCCUGACUAUUAUCAAGUCAUUACAAACCCUAUAGACCUGUCCAUGAUAGAGGCGAAACUCAGGGCAGACAAGUACCCCAGUGAGCAGCAUAUUAUCACAGAUUUUGAGCGCCUGUUUAAUAACGCUCGUCUGUACAAUGAGGAGGAAUCCCUGGUUUACCAGGACGCUGAACAGCUCGAGAAGGUCCUCAAGACAAAGUGGAAACAGAUCUGUCACGUGAUCGAGUCCCGGCGAGCGGCACUCAGCAAAAGGUACCAUCGCCUCAAGGCCAAGUCCCAGACAUUGCUUCCAGUUCGUCUCCAGGAAAUGUACGACGCGGUCAGUAAUUACCAGGACGCUAAAGGUCGUGACCUCGCCCUCCCCUUCCUGAAGCUGCCACUGAAGACUGAGUACCCUGAUUAUUACGAGGUGAUAAAGCGGCCAAUCGACAUGCAGAAAAUUCUACUGAAGGUCCAACAGAAUCAAUACGAAUCGAUAGAAGACAUCACCGCCGACUUUGUACAGAUGUUUGACAACGCUUGUAAAUAUAACGAACCGGACUCACUCAUUUACAAGGAUGCCCUGACAUUACAGCGUCUUGUUUUGGAGAAGAAGAUGGAGUUGACAGAUGAUGGAACUAAUGAUGUCCCUGAUGUCAGGGCGCUAGUCAUGGAGAUGAUGACCAAUCUGUUUAUAUCUACCUACAAUCACCAGGAUGAGGAGGGUCGUUGCUAUAGCGACUCGUUUGCGGAGCUUCCAGAGAGAGAUCCAGAUGAGGAUCUAGAGACUUCCAAACUGAAGGAGAAACCUCUAACCUUUGAUCAGAUCAAAAGAAAUGUGGAAAAAGGUCGAUACGUCAGAAUGGAUAGAUUUCAGGAAGACAUGUUUAAGGUCUUUGAACGUGCUCGGCGACUCAGUAGAACAGAUUCUCAGUUGUAUGAGGAUGCGGUAGAGAUGCAGAUGUUCUUCAUCAAGCAGCGGGAUGAGAUUUGUCGUAACGGAGAGCGACUCCUGACCCCGGCGCUCAGUUACCAGGAGAAACAUCUGACGUCUGCCCUGGAGGUCGAGAAACAGAAAAAGUCUGAACAGGAACAGAAAGAGGAUGAAGAUAAACAAUCCAAACGAGAGUCAGAGGAGAGGAUCCUAGAUUCCAGCUGUUCAGAAAGAGAUGGAGAGGACUGCUUUAAGUACAAGGACGAGACGUUCCGAGUGGGCGACUUUGUCUACAUAGAACCAAGGGAGAAGGGAUUAGAACCUCACAUUAUGUGUAUAGAGAAGUUGUAUACAGACGCUAACUCACAACAACAGUUACACGGGAACUGGUUCUACAGACCUAACGAGACCUUCCACCUCGCCAGUCGAAAAUUCCUGGAGAAGGAAGUCUUUAAGAGUGACUUUUAUACCAGCAUUCCUCUGUCUCAAGUCAUCGGAAAGUGUUACGUUAUGUACGUCAAAGAUUACUUCAAGUCAAAGCCAGAGGGGUUUGAAGACAAGGAUGUGUUUGUCUGUGAAUCAAGAUACAGUAACCGCCACAAGUCCUUCAAAAAAAUCAAGGUGUGGCAAAUCCCUGGGGGAGACCAGGUUUCCCUGUCCCCGAGGGAAAUCCCCCUCGUUCCGGUGCGAGUGUCCUCAGUGUUUGCUGGAAGAAAGGAAGAGGAAGUAGAUGAUGGCGCCACCAGUAUCCUGGACAAAGAGAGAAUUGAUGUCCCUCUAGAAAACCCCAGCCCAGAGGAUGGAUAUAACUACUAUGAACAACUAUGCACACCUUACGGAACAUUUAAAAUAGGUGACAGUGUUUUUUUGAAGAAUAAUACAGAAUCUCCAGACAUUAGUAGGAUAGAGAAAAUCUUUGUCAUCAAUAAUGACGCGUAUUUCACGGGUACGGCCUUUGUUCGCCCUGCGGACAUCCCUCACUCCCCGACACGACUGUUUUACAGACACGAGUUGUUCCUCAGUUCACAGGAGACUGUUCACCCGAUAUCUCAGAUCUCAGGAAGAUGUUGUGUGCUCCAUCUCAAGGAAUACUGCAUCAGUCGAGUGACAGAAAUUCCUGAGGAGGACACCUAUCUGUGUGAAUCUAAAGUUCAGGAAGCCGACAGAACUGUCAAAAGACUUGGGAAGGGGUUAAAGAAGUACAACUUAUCAGGACUAGUGACUGAUGAUGAAAUCUUCUUCUACAAGAAACCCAUCACGCCUCAGAAGGAGCCCUCUCCCCUGCUGAUGAAGGCAGCGGACGACACGUUUAUGGACGACUCCCAGGAUUCCACUCUAAUGGACACGAUGGAUGAAAGCACCAACAUGUCAUUUGACACAGAGGCUAGUCACCAGGGAUUCCCCGAGAUACCCGCUAUAAAGUCCACCAAAAAGACAUUCGAGGAUUUCAGUACUCCUGUACCAGAAAAAACCUCCAAGAAGGAAGAACCAACAGAAAAGAAAAAGAAGGGAAAGAAUUCGAUGAAGCGUCAGAUCAGUGGAUACAUUGUAUAUUCAGGAGAAAUCCGCAAAAUAAUCCAACAAGAGAAUCCGGAGUGUACGUUUGGAGAGAUCAGCCGGAUAGUCGGGGGCAAGAAAAACAGGAAAUGGCGUCCUCCCAGUGGUUAUAUUUUGUUCUCUAAAGAAAGUCGUAGGAUCAUCAACGCGGAAUCCCCCGACAUCUCGUUUGGAGAAAUUAGUCGAUUAGUGGGUGUACAGUGGAGAAAUCUGGAUAAAUCUGAGAAAGAAAAGUAUGAGGAGCGAGCCAAGCGAAUCGCUGAGGAACAGCUAGCUAAACAACAGGAGGCCACAAAAGCACUGAACGACUCUCUACAGGGUCAAGGUCAAAGUGUGUGGGACAUCACGGGGGGCAAGGGUUCCCCCGCACCAUCUAACAGACCAGGGACUCCAGGAAGUAAUCAAGUACAGUACCAAGCUCAAGGUCUUCCAUCAGGGGCACCUAGGCUACCACACCACGCCGGCAUGUCACCAGGGCGACCAUACAUGCCCCCCUAUCACGGGGGAGUCACCCCAGCAGGGAUGAGGCCAAUGGCGGGAGGAUAUCCCCCCACCCCACCAACCAGCAUGCUGCCCGGUCAUGUCACCCCACAGGGUAGUAUGUCUCCCUACAACAUGACCCCCCGACCCCCUAACUUGGGGGGCGGGGCGGCCCCUCCUAACAUGUGUCGCUAUAGCAACUCACCUCCUUCUCUUCUCUCUGCUUCUGGACUUUCAGCGCUACAGGAAAUGCUUCGUCGACCAUUUAACUCGGCAUCGCCGGGGGCUACUGUAUCCACUCCACCUUCACUGGAGUUUUACCCCCCAAUAGAAGCAGGACAACAGAUGGCGCCACCUCCCCCACCACCCCCUCCACCACGACCCCCAUCCCCGAUGUUUGUCAGUGUACCACCCCGGACACAACGGCUGCUUCAUUCAGAGGCCUAUCUCAGGUAUAUAGAAGGGUUACGUGCAGAUAAACCGUUUGUCAGUGACUGGGACAAGAAUCUCACUGCUACUGCAGAAAACACAAACACCGAUCCAAAUCGUCUGCCCUCCCAUUGGCUGGCUGAGGGAGCAGGUUACCAUGGCAACGUGUCCAAUGCAUUAUGGGCAUUACGUGAUUUAAUGCUGAAGGACACACUAAAUAUCUCGAGGACCCUCCCAUUUGAUGCAUUGUAGUUUGGUUAUUAGAUUCAUCAUUCUGUGUUUUGAUCCGUUGUCUCGACCCUCAUCUGAAAUGUGUUCCAAGACUGUGUUCAUGAGAGAGCUCUGGUUAGCGUGCUGCAGAUCUAGUGUGUGAUGUUAAAGUGAAAUGUGGUCAGGAGAGCUCUGGUUAACAUGCCGCAGAUCUAGUGUGUGAUGUUAGAGUGAAAUCAACUGUAGAGUCUAUAGAACAGCAGCUGAAGAAGAUUCAUCAGUGUGAAUAGAAGACUGUGUCACCAUUGUUAUAUUGUGUGUCUCAGAGAUUUACAUAGAGAGUUUGUCAUGAUGCGUAUUAGAAGUCUUAGGAAAUUUUGUGCCCAAACUGUUGUAAAUUCAAGCUUUCAGUGUGAAAUAUUUCAGUUUUUUUUUUUUAUUUUUCAGAUGUUUAUUAAGUCCACUGAAAUGUUGAAUUUCUUCAAAUUUUAUUUUAUAGAUUGAAAUACAUAGUAAAUCUUUCUUUAUUUUACAUUUGUCAAUGUCAUUGUUCUUAAAUUGCAUGGCAGCAGCGUUUUGUGUUAGUAGUUCAUUGUCUGUAAUUAA